UUUCGAACCUGAUUUGUUAUCCGCCUUCCCCUUUUACCUCUCCCCUCCCUCCGCACUUGUGCGAUCAGAGCGAUCUAAGAUGGCGACGGUGGAACCGGAAACCACUUCUAACCCUCAAACUUCAGAAGAAGAAAAAACUGAGACAUCAGCAAGUCAGGAGAUAGUCAGUCCUGAACAAUACGUAAAGCAUCCAUUACAAAACAGGUGGGCACUCUGGUUCUUUAAAAAUGACAAAAGUAAAACCUGGCAAGCAAAUCUUCGUCUGAUCUCAAAGUUUGAUACUGUUGAAGAUUUUUGGGCGUUAUAUAACCAUAUCCAGCUCUCUAGUAACUUAUUGCCUGGUUGUGACUACUCACUCUUUAAGGAUGGUAUUGAGCCCAUGUGGGAAGAUGAGAAGAAUAAACGAGGAGGACGAUGGCUAAUUACACUAAACAAGCAGCAGAGACGAAGUGACCUUGAUCGCUUCUGGCUAGAGACACUGCUGUGCCUUAUUGGAGAGUCCUUUGAUGACUACAGUGAUGAUGUAUGUGGAGCUGUUGUUAAUGUUAGAGCCAAGGGUGAUAAAAUAGCAAUAUGGACUACUGAAUGUGAAAACAGGGAUGCUGUUACACAUAUAGGGAGAGUAUACAAGGAAAGGUUAGGACUUCCUCCAAAGAUAGUGAUUGGUUAUCAGUCCCAUGCUGACACAGCUACUAAGAGCGGCUCCACCACUAAAAAUAGGUUUGUUGUUUAAGAAGACACCUUCAAAGUAUUUCAUAGGAGACUGCGUCAAGCAAUCGAGAUUUGGGAGCUGAACCAAAGCCUCUAUAAAAGCAGAGUGGACUGCAUUUAAAUCUGAUUUCCAUCUAAAUGUUGCUAAAUUUGUGAAAGUCUCAUUUGCUUUUGUCUUGUACUUCUAUGUUCCCCUCCAACUUUUUGACUGAAGUAACCUUUAUCCAAUCAAAGAAUUUCAGUACAACAUUUGCCCCCUGAAUCCAUAAAGCUCUCCCUAGCCCGCUCUGUGGUGUUUCUUAGCAAAGUCACUAUUAUAUUAAAAAUAUCCUGAAAACAGUGCCAUUUCUACAGGGGAAUAAACUACUACUUUUUUCACCUUUGCAUUGUAUGCAAUAACAUGUUUUGCUGGUUUGAAAGAAGAGUAUGAUGCAUACAUUUUUCUAGCAAAUCUUUCUUUAUACAGCAUGAUCAUUGCUGUAACUGAUGCUGAUGGCUGCUAGAUUUAAUUUAUUUGUUUCCCUUUCUGAUAACAUUAGUGAUAUCCUGAUUUCAGUUCUUUCUCAUGUAACAUUGGUGAAGGAUCUGGGAAUAUGACAAAAGGUUUAAUAAACAUUAAUUUUGUGCAUUCUUUGGUAAUUAUUUUGUAACAUCAAAGCUUUGCUACAAAUCAGUGAUAUGUUUGUGCGAUUUCCUGAACAUAAUUGUGGAUUUUUAAAAUGUAACAUCAUAAUUACAUUCCUUACUAGAAAUAGUAUUCCUGUUUUUUGUAUCUUAUGCUGUAUUUUAACACUUUGUAUUCUUUAGGUUAUGUUUUGCUUUGGUUUAAGAACGGCUCAAAUAGAAAAGCAGUCCCAUUCAUAUUAAGACAGUGUACAAAACUGUAAAUAAAAUGUGUACAGUGAAUUGUCUUUUA